CCCCCAAAUCAAUUGGUGCACUUAGCUUUUAUCGAAGCGAGACCAGACUCAUAGCCAAAAAAUCUUACUAAAGUGCCCUCUAUGCCACCGAAGCGCAAGGGAGUAGCCGAUAAACCCGAAACGAGUAAUGGGCAGCAGUCCAAGAAGGCGCGUGGCAAAGAGAAACGAAAGGAUGAAUCUACAUGGCCAGCUUAUUUUCAGGAUCUUUUCAAGGUCUUUAAGGCCAUGAAUACGGUAUUGGCUUUUGUUUCGUCGCGCAAGCACUUGGCGACGACCUUUCCGGUCGUACGAUCUUCCGUUGAAGGGCUACUAAAACGUCCUCUGGAGCUUGCCAAAGUGGCAGAGCUGAAAGCGCUGUUGCCAGAGCUCAUCAAGUUUGCCUAUAUAGCCAGGAACGAACUACGUAUUCACGGAGAUAAUUCCUCGCAGGCUCGAGGAGGCAGGAAGAGUCCCGACUUCUCCUUUUCUUCUCAGGCAGGAACGUCAAGCUCCCAAUUGCCUGGGCUUGAGGAAGAAGAACACGUCCUUCUCCUUGAGUUUGCGGAGAACUCGAAGGGUAAGAAGGAUGCACCACAAGGCUUAUUCACCAUGCCUCCUGCGAUGACCCCAGCGGCAGUAAAGAAGCUUGUGGAGCAGCGUAACGAUAGGUUUUAUGAUGCUGUCAACGAGCUCCUUGAAGCUACACCGCAUGAAGAGGACCCCGUCUUGCUGCUUCAAGCAGCUGCCGAGGAGCAUCUACCUGUGAAUCCCUCUGUAGGCGUUCCGAGUCAAGUAGGCGACUUGAAAGGUGGAAACAAGCGCGGAAUACCCGAGCCGCAAGAUAGACCUACGAUAGAUGAAAUUAUAGACAAUAUACAAGAACAAGAGUGGUACCAAAAUCAAAUUGUGCACCGCCGCAUCGUUGAGGCUAGGCAAGCCACGAUAGGGGACUUGGUUACUCCUCUCUCAGACAGCUUGAGACAGGCGUUAUGGGACUCAAGAAAUAUUACUACUUUAUAUCGACAUCAAGCUCAAGCGAUCAAUGCUUUGGCUGCUGGACAGCACGUCAUUGUUUCAACGAGUACUGCGUCCGGGAAAAGUGUCAUAUACCAGGUACCUCUCAUUCGAUGCCUGGAGGAGGACCCGUCUGCGACGGCAAUAUUCAUAUACCCCACGAAGGCUUUGGCUCAGGACCAGAGGACGGCGCUGGAAUCACUUCUCUGGGCGUCCCCGGGGCUGCACCAUGUGAAGGUGUCAACCUACGAUGGAGACACACCCCAGGAUGAACGAGCGUCCAUUCGUGAACAGGCUUCUGUGAUUUUCACGAAUUUUGAUAUGAUGCAUGCUUCAAUCCUUCCCCAUGAAGAUGACUGGAGAACUUUUAUGAAAAAUCUUAAGCUCGUUGCCGUGGAUGAACUACACUACUACUCGGACAUAAUGGGAAGUCAUGUCGCGCAGAUACUGCGCCGGUUUCGACGAGUCUGUACCGCUGUCGGGAAUCGUCGAGUACGAUUUGUGUCAUGCAGCGCCACCAUCUCGAACCCAUUACAACAUAUGAAGCAGAUGUUUGGUGUAGACAACGUGGAGGCAAUCACUGAAGACAGCGCGCCAUCUGGCCGAAAGGACUAUUUGGUCUGGGACCCUCCAUACAUAGACUCUGGGGCAGCAAACCUUGGAAAGAAGAGCUCCAUUGCAGAGGCGACGGGCCUCAUGCGCUUUUUGAUGAAGCAGGGUGUCAGAGUAAUCCUGUUUUGCAAGAUCAGGAAAGCAUGCGAGCUGGCCAUGAAGACUCUUCGUGCUGACCUCAGCGCUGAAGGUCGACAUGAUGUGCUUGCUAAAGUCAUGCCAUAUCGUGGAGGAUAUAACCAGCAGGACCGGAGACGGUUAGAGAAGGAGGCUUUCACUGGUAACUUGCUUGGCAUUGUGGCGACCAACGCGCUCGAGCUCGGUGUGGACAUAGGCGUCCUGGACGCCGUCAUCAUGCUAGGUUUUCCGUUUGGCCUUGCUUCUUUCAGACAGCAAGCUGGGAGAGCAGGCCGCCGCUCGCGCGAUUCACUCGCAGUCCUUGUUGCUGACGGUCUUCCUAUUGACCAGCACUAUGUCAAUUUCCCCGACGAGCUGUAUAACAAGCCCACGAAGGAGCUUAUCGUAGACCUAGAAAACAAGAUCAUCCUCGAAGCUCAUCUUCAGUGUGCCGCGCAAGAAAUGCCUCUGUCAAAGGAAGAAGACUCGAUUUAUUUCGGUCCGAUGCUAGGCGAGCUAUGUGACCAGAAGCUCGUCAGAGAUAAAGAAGGCUGGUAUCAUACACACCCCAAGUUCUUGCCUUACCCAUCGAAAUUCGUCUCGAUACGCGGCGCAGAAGAAGAGAAAUACAUCGUCAUUGACAUUACGAAAGCAGAACCCAAAAUCAUCGAAGAGAUUGAGUUCUCCCGAGCUCUAUUUGAGCUCUACGAAGGCGGGGUGUUUAUGCAUCAAGGUCUAACAUUCAUCGUCAAAGAAAUUAGUAACGAAAUGAAGACAGCCAAAGUUAUGAGGGCUGAUGUUAAUUGGAUCACCAGUCCAAGAGACUUUACCGAUGUUAAUGCCGUGCAAGUGUACCGCAUCAAAGAGAUUGCAGGCUCAUCUCACAGAGCAUACUACGGAAGGGUGGACGUAACAACUAUUGUAUACGGAUUCUACAAAAUAAGGAACAAGCAGAUCCUCGACACCGUUGAAAUCGACAGCCCUCCAUGGGAGAGAAGCGUGACGGGGCUAUGGCUGGACGUCCCCAAAUCUCUCCUUGGCCUGUUGCGGGCGAAGAACAUCAACGCGGCCGAAGCCAUUCAUGCAGCGUGUCAUGCAUGGUUGAAUCGAUUCGCACUUGCGGUAGACCUAAAGACCGAGUGCAAGGCGGCAGAAAAGGAGUACAAGUCAUCGGAGUCGGCGCGCAAGCGACCAGCUAGGCUAAUAUUUUACGAUGCUGCAGCAAAAAGCGGGAUGUCAGCCAAGGGUUUCGAUCACGUCAACGACGUACUUCGACGGGCACAUGAUACUGUCGAAUCGUGUCCGUGUCCUGACGGGUGCCCCAACUGCGUACAUAGCAUAUCAUGCAAGGAAGGAAACAAGGUCGCCUCGAAGCUCGGAGCAUUUCUCGUCCUGCGCAGCCUACUCAACCUCGAGAUCGAAGCAGACAGCAUUCCCACACAGCACGACGACGCAGAGGGAUUUAGUACAGUCACUGAAGCAGGGUUUAUCCGUCCCGUCGAAGGCGUUGAAAUAGAGAAGGCUUCUGGUUGAUGCCUACUUUCCGGUUGGAACACUGAAUUAAUAUGUAGUAUACCAUGACCUCAAGCUACUCGUAAACCAAAUCAACCUCCGUAUCAC